CUUCAAUAAUUAACAAUUGAUACAUAUUAAGUAAAUAAAAUUUAAUAGCUAAAGCUUUCAAAAAAUUUAAAUUAUUAGCCAAACCAUUAAAAAUACUAAAUAUUAUCCAAAUAUUUUGUAUCACAUCAAAAUAUUAACCAUUUGUCUGUUAUCAGUAAUAAUUUGUAACUCUUUUUCUAAUAAAAAUAAUAAAUUAGAAUAUAGACCGUCAUGUGUCUCUUCCAAAUCAUGAUCAUGUUGUUGAGUCAAAAUUACUAACAAAAAUGCUAACGGAGAGUUAACGUCUGGCUAAUACUUUGCAUUUUGAAAAGUUUGGUUGAUAAUUUGAAAAGCUUGAAAGAUUUGGCAAAUAAAAUGUAUUUACUUUAUUAUCUAAGAUACUAAAUUUGAGUCUCUGUACAGACAAAUUUUAACAUAAUAUGGUUAGCUGAGACUUCAUGAACAUUCACAUGAAAAUGAGGCAAUGUUAGAGAAUUUGAUCAUCAUAAGGGGCACGGUGUAUGUCAAGUUUCACUUGAGAUAAACACAAUUUAUCCAAUAAUGAAGUAUAUUUAUCUAAUAAUCUGAACUUUUGAUAAUUGGUUAAGAGUUUUGUCCUAUCUCGAGAAUCAUGAAUUGUUAUAUGUUUUAUAAGAUAAUAAAUUUGAGCACUUUGGUUGUCAAAUCUUUGUAUACUAUUCUAAAUGGGACAUGAUAAACCUUCACAAUAUGAUUUAUGAUUAGAGAAUCAAAGCAUCAUAGGUGAGCAUGCUAAGUUGAGAAUUUUUAAUAUAGACAUAUCACAUACUCACUUAUGAAGUGUAAGCAUACAAAUUAGAAGGUUAAUUUUUUUUGAACAUAUAGAUAAAUUAAUUAAUAUCAAUAAUAAAAUAAAAUUAUUUGGCCAACGAGCCGGGUAAAAAACUAGUUCCAAAGAUUGGGUUACACGAAGAGGAAAACUGGAAAAGAGGCGCUUUUGCAAACCAAAGGAAAAAAUGAGGUCGAAUGACCUCCAACUGGGGAACCUUGUUGCAGGUCUACCCGAGGGUGUGUGGCACCCGUUUUUAUCACCUGGUCCGGGUCAAACUGUGAAGCUGCGGGUUGAUAACCGUGAUUGCAUUGGAGUUUUUUUUUUCAAUAGCUCCAUUGCAUUUCAACAACGCAACGUGAUACAAAAAUAAUCCAUCCGAACACAAUAGGGAUCGUCUACAAAACUGUAGCUCUUAACCAACUACAGAAAUCAAAACCUUUGUAACCCAACGGGUAUAAAUGAAGGGUCUUCCUGGUCACUCAAUGAGCCAACCCAUUCGCCUAACAACGAACAAAUCUCACUCUAUAACCUGGCACUGUUGCCAAAAGUGAUCUAAUCUCUGUCAACACUACUCCGCGUCUCCGGCCAUCACAUCCCUAACUUCACACGCACGUACGUUAUCGAUUAUAUUUUAGCAUCCUCACAAUGUCCACCUCUUUAAGCCCCAUCCCUAGGCACUGAUGAUGCAAUUCAUGCAAGUGAUAAAAGUCCUAGAAUGUUCUAGAGUUAUAUUCUACAAAGUCUUCUAAUGCAUAACUACUCACACCAUACCAUCCAUGCUCGAUCAAUAUAGUAAAGACUUUUAGAGUAUUUUAUAGCAAAGCAAAUAAUAAACAUGAAAGUAAAGUAUGCAAUGAAAAGUAAAAGAUGUUUAGGGGUUUUUCAAGUUAUAUAGAUGCAUAAAAGUAAAGAUACGUAUUGAAUAGAAAAUCAUAUUUGAGUUCUAUCUUAAGAUAGCAAGCAUCAAUGACUUAUCUAUAUCAUCACUCCAUCCCUUACACUAAGGUCGUCCUAUUCGAGUUUUCGCCACAUGCAAUAUGAACUUGACUAGUAGACUAUUAGACUUGAGUUAAAUCCAUGAAGCUUUAGAAUUGAAUACCAAAUUCAUGAACAAAAUGCAACAAGCAAUAUACGUUUUAAAAGGCGGAUAAUGCCUAUUACACUACUGUUGUGGUUGUGGACUUCUUGUAUUAUACAAAAGGCCCAGCGUUUGAGCGAAGCCCAGCUUCUUAAGAAUCAAUCAAUUGCACGUAGGGAGCCGGGCCACUUCUGGGCUGCUUCUUCAUCAAUUGCACGCAGGAGGGUACGGCCCAACUGCAUGCUAUUUUACAGGCCAGGCCUGUCUUCUUGGUAUAUACGGGCCAGGCCCAUCUUCCUGAAGACUUCCGCUCCAGUCAUUCAGUUGGUUUCCUCUCUCGAGCUUCAAUUUUACUAAAUAACUUGAGAAAUCGUCUGCGAGAGGUUUAUGAACACGAUCGAUAACUGAAACCCCUUCUUCUCCGCCUGCAUUCCUCCCACUCCCUCAUUUCCCCAAGUAUUCCGCUUCCCGAUUGUGGCGUGUGCACUAUCAUGGAGGACGAGCCCAGCAUCCUCGAAUCCUUACUCGACGAUGGAGAAGAAGACGUCGAGAUGGUCGACGUCGAAGAGGGCCAACUCUACGAACUAACUACGGAUACUACCGCCCAGGCCUCCGGCGAGGCUAAAAACAAUGGCGGAGGAGAAGGGGAGUCUCCAGACACCGCUAUGAAUCCGAGUAAAAAGAAGAGGAAGAAGAAUAGGAAGAACAAGAAGAAGAAGAAGCAGCCCAGCAGUGGCCCGGCUCCUCCAGUGGAAAUAAAUAGGUUCGUGAUAGAUGCUUGUAGGCGUCUGAAAGAGAAGAAAUCAUACUUGGUCUACUCCGCUGUGGGAACUCUUGGAGUUGAAGCCGUGAGUGAUCUGGUUAGAGAGGUGGAUGCUAUUCAGUCGUGUGGGGGACAGAUGACUGCAGAUGGCAAACGUUCUAGAACAGGUGGUGGGAUAUUAUGGAACAUCUUAAAGUCAAGAGAACCUGCAGCAUACAGAGAAAUAAUGAAGCAAGCAAAGGAGUUUGAGAAGCAAUUAUUUAAGCGACAGAAGAUGAUUAUGCGAUCAGCUAAUGCAGAAAAUGUAGGUCUGUCUAAUGAAACUCCAUUUGCAAUCAGCGAGAAUGAUACUACAACAACGUUUGGCGACCUUGUACCUGAAAGCCAACUUGUAAAGGACAAUGGUGAGAUGAAGCGCGGUUCUGUUCAUGAUAGGAUUAGAGUACCUGUUUCAUAUGAGGAUUUGAUUCAGGAUGAACCAAAGGAGAGUUGUUCAUAGCUUUUAUAGCGUGGAUGGUGCAAGUACUUGUUAAAAAGAACAGCUUUAUAUUUUUGGGGGGGCUAUUCAUGCUUUCUGAUAGAUGUCUUUUGAACUCGUCAUACUGCAAUGGAAUGCAAUCGCUGUGGGAGUUCUGGUAGGUCUCUCUUCUGUACCCUGUUUCAUGUGAUGAUCUGCCUUUUAGUUUUACACAAAGUCCCAAGUGAGAUAAACUCCAUUCAGUAUGGAUACUUGGCAAAUUUAAUCUAAUGAAGAAACAAGGUAUAGAUCGAUAUGGUGAAUUUCGAAUGCCAGUCGAAAUGCAAAUGAAAAUAUGGACAAGCACAGGGUUCAGGAUAUUGUGAGGUUUUACGGCGCUACAUUCACCAUUGGAUUAAUACCGUGCCACACAAGGAUUUAAAAGAAGCCUGGACUCGGAUGCAAGACUUGGGAUCUGAAGCCUAAGACAAGGGAAGACCCGUCUUCGGAAAAAAUUCCAAAAUACUCUAAUUAUUAAAAAAAAAUUCCCAAA